AUGUCCCGCGCAGCGGCGAGCAUCAAGUCAAUGGGCGUCGAUCGGCUGGUGGCGACGCUAGCAGAGUUUGGCACGGAGGACGAGCGCCUCGCCCGAGCGUGCUUCACCAGCCUUCUCUGUCGCGUGAUGGACGAGGUUGCGCGGCAGGGGGAAGCGUAUGCAGAGCUGCCUUUCGUCUGCGCCGUCACGGGCGCGAUGCUCGCGCACAAGGCCACGCCCGAGUUCCUACAGACGGGUGGGAUGCUACUCGCCCCCGUGCUCACCGGCUUGGCUCCGAGCCGUGAGGCCCUAUCGAUGGGCGCCGAGGCGUUGGUCGCGAUGAUGCUGCCGAUGCUGCCGCUCUCAGGCAGUGCCGCUCUGAGCCAGAUUGCGCCGAAUGUGCUGCUUCUGCUCGCUCUGGUGGCUCGAAACUCGGACGUCCUGUUGGAUGCGGGGGCCGUGGGGCUCUUCGAGGCGGUGCAGCGCUCCCACCACGUGCCCGAGGACCUGAAGGUCAAAUGCGGCGUUGCCGUCGAGAUCGUCCGGGAUGGAGAUAUCACGCUGACUCCCGAGCCGUCCUUUGAGGAGUGGCAGGCAAACGAGGCGAGAAAGGCGAGCGUGCUGGCGGCGAAGGCGCGCGGCACCGCGGCGUUCCGCCGUGGUGAGUGGGAGCUGGCGGCCCGCGAGUAUGGCGCUGCGCUCGAGGUGUACGCUGGCGCUGGCGCUGGCACGCCGCCGCCGCCGAGGGCGCGCCGUACGGCUCCGGUCUACUCCGGGCCCGCCCUCACCAGCGAGGAGCGUGAGGAGCAGCGCGCGGAGCAGGUGGUCCUCCACUCCAACUGCGCCGAGGCCUUUCUGCGGCUCGACGAGUACCAGGCGGCCAGGGAGUGCGCGACGGCCGCGCUUGAGCUCGAUCCUGCGCACGGCAAGAGCCUGCACCGGCGCGCGCGGGCUCUGCGGCAGCUCGGCCCGUGGAUCGGAGGCGACGCCGCGCUGGUCGGCGCCGAAGCGGACCUUUUGGAGCUGACGCGCCUCGGCGGCGGCGCGGCCGUGGCCGAGCUGCUGGCGGAGGUGCGCGAGGUGCAGGCGAGGAUGCGAGCCGCGCGAGGCGAGGCGCAUCACAGCCACGUCUCGCAGUUUCUCGAGCGGGAACGCGAGGCUCGCCUCGCCGGGCCGACGCCGUACCAAGGCUUGCAGCGCAGUGGGACGGAGGCUCUAUAUCGAUCAAUUCAAUUCGCGCUGCGUUCCCUCUGCACUGCGGCGAACUGA